GACAAGAAGCAGGAUGAACGGGCCAAAGCCGGCAAGCGCAUCACAGCGGCGAAGGAGUGGAACUUGCCGACGAAAGCGAUGGUGCGCGCCUUUCCAGACGAGUCCGGCUGCAUGCUGAAAACCGGAGGCAAGAGCGUGAAGAAGGCCUUGGCCCCCGGACAGUUGCGGGAUCGACUGGACUCCGACUCGUCCGAGCUCAUCCGCCGGCCGGGCAUGGGGCUGAACCUGGCCGCCGCAUCCAUCUCGGCUGGCCUGGAAGUCCUGAACCUCGGAGAAGACAUGGGCCCGGCACUCAUCAACAAGCAGAAGGCAUGGAGCAGAAUGGUCCCCGAAGUGGAGAAGCAGGCACCGGGCAUUCGUCGGUGGGUGGCGGAGCCCUCGGACGAAAGUCUCUGCGAGGGCUUGGCGCAGUCUCUGAAGAGCCUCUUCUAUUGGGGCGGCACGAAGGAGAAGCGGCGCUUCGGUGCCGAGGAUGCGGACUCCGAGGCCAGCAGCGGGGGCAUGAAGAAGCCGCGCUUUGGUGGUCCCUUUCUCGCGAAGGUGAAGACUUCCAGAAGGAAAGCUUCCACGUCAACCGGGAAGUCGUCUGCAAGCGAGAAGAAGAAGAAGCACGGCAAGCAUGGCAAGAAGGGAAAGGACCGCCGCAGUGAUUCCAGCACAAGUUCGAGGCCGGGCUUUGGCUUGCUCAGGAAGAAGACGCCGGACGAGCCGCGCCACAAGAAGCCCAAAAAA